AUGGUAAAUCAGACCAAUCUAUAUGCAACCCAAGUUUUGUUCGAAGCUGAGGAUGUGAGUAGAGAAUCAAGGUUACAUCGUUGGGUUCCAACCGAUAAAGGUAGAACUAUUGUUGCCGAUAAUUACUACACCAGUCUCGAGCUAGCGAAUAUACUUUUCGACCAUAAGACACAUUAUAUUGGUACACUAAGAGCAAAUCGGCGAGGCAAUCCAAAAGAAGUUAUUCUGAAAAAACUAAAGAAAGGCGAAAUUUUUGGGCUAGAAAAUGGCAGAGGUGUGUGUGUGCUGAAGUGGAAGGACAAGAGAGAUGUCCUUCUUCUAUCCACUAAGCAUACCACCGAAACCGUAGAUGUUCAACGACGUACUGGUAUUGUCAAAAAGCCACGAGCAGUGAUGGAAUACAAUGAAGCCAAGUCGUCGAUUGACCAAUCUGACCAAAUGGCAAGCUACCAUUCACCUGUAAGGAAGUCUCUAAAGUGGUAUCGAAAACUUGCCAUUGAGUUCCUCUUGGGCACAGCGCUUGUAAAUGCACACAUAGUUUAUAAUCUGCUAGCAAACAAAAAAUUGAAGAUUCCAGAAUUUAGAGAAGAAGUAAUUAGGUCUCUUUUUACGGAUCACGGCGAUGCAGGGGAACUUGAUGUACGUCAGGAAAAAAUAACCAAGAAGACAGCCAAAAUCCAUACAUUGUGCAGGAAAGAAGGUCAAUUUGACAAAGUGAGAAAGUACUGUAAAGGGUGUUAUGCCAAGAAAUUGCGAGGAGAAAUAACUAAAAACUGCGUGAAGAAAGUUGUAACUUUCUGUGGAGUGUGUGACGAUCAGCCACAUUUUUGUCUGAACUGUUUCAAUACCACUCAUGCAAAGUAA